GCUGUUUGGCUGGUGGAAAGCGUCUCGGCAUACAUACUCGCCGUGAUCCUCACUUCCCAUUUCCCUCUUUUCAAAUGAGCCACCGCAAGUUUGAAGCCCCCCGCCACGGUAACUUGGGUUUCCUCCCCAAGAAGCGCACCAAGCACCACCGUGGUCGCAUCCGCAAGUUCCCGCGUGACGACCGCUCGAAGGCCCCGCACUUCACGGCCUUCAUGGGCUACAAGGCCGGCAUGACGCACAUCGUGCGUGAGGUCGACCGCCCGGGCUCGAAGCUCCACAAGAAGGAGGUCGUCGAGGCCGUCACGAUCCUCGAGACGCCGCCGCUCGUCGUUGUCGGCGUUGUCGGCUACCUCGAGACGCCCCGCGGUCUCCGCACCUUGACCACGGUCUGGGCCGAGCACUUGUCGGAGGAAGUCCGCCGCCGCUUCUACAAGAACUGGUACAAGUCCAAGAAGAAGGCCUUCACCAAGUACGCCAAGAAGUUCGCGGAGAAGCCCGCCGAGAUCGAGAACGAGCUCAACCGCAUGAAGAAGUACUGCCAGGUCAUCCGUGUCAUCGCGCACACGCAGAUCCGCAAGGUCAAGCUUCGCCAGAAGAAGGCCCACCUCCUCGAGAUCCAGGUCAACGGUGGCUCCAUCGCCGAGAAGGUCGACUUCGCCAAGUCGUUCUUCGAGAAGCAGGUCCCCGUCGCCACGGUCUUCGGCCAGGACGAGAUGAUCGACAUCUGCGGUGUCACCAAGGGUCACGGUUACGAGGGCGUCAUCACGCGUUGGGGCGUCACCCGCCUCCCGCGUAAGACGCAUCGUGGUCUCCGCAAGGUCGCCUGUAUCGGUGCCUGGCACCCGUCGCGCGUCCGUUUCACGGUCGCCCGCGCCGGUCAGCACGGUUACCAUCACCGUACGGAGGUCAACAAGAAGAUCUACCGCAUCGGUGCCGCUGGCGACGCCAAGUCGUGCAUGACGGAGCAGGACUUGACGGAGAAGUCGAUCACGCCCCUUGGUGGUUUCCCCCACUACGGUGAGAUCAACGAGGACUGGCUCAUGCUCAAGGGCGCCAUCAUUGGUGUCAAGAAGCGUGCCCUCACGCUCCGCAAGUCGCUCUUGGUCCACACCAAGCGCGCUGCCCUCGAGCCCAUCAACCUCAAGUUCAUCGAUACCUCGUCGAAGUUCGGUCACGGUCGCUUCCAGACGGCCGAGGAGAAGGCCAAGUGGAUGGGCCCCCUCGCCCGCCAGAACCGCGCUUAAACGCCUGGUUCUGCCACUCGUCAAAGGACUGGGGUGUCUUCGCCUGCUUUCGUAGGAGCUGGCGCCUCAUUCUGUAGGGAUAAAUUGUAAUGGGAAUUACGAUUCAAUCGGCUC